CUCUCUGCUGCUGCUGCCCAUGCCACAUUGCCACCGGGGAAAGCUCAACGCUAUGAUUCAAAUUUCUCUAUUUCGACCAUAUCAUUCUGAUUCUGCAAUCGACUAUCAGGCCUAGAUUUUCGUCUCUCAGAGACAGAGAGAGAGAGAGAGAUGUACCGAAAGAAAGAUCCCUGCAGAAACUUUCAACGUGGCAGUUGUCAUUUUGGUGAGAACUGUAAGUAUCUCCAUGUGAACCAGCAACAACCAAAACCUAAUCCAUUUGGUUUCGGGACUGGUUCGCAGUUUCAGCAAACAAAUCAGCAACAGCAAAAGUCCAAUCCUUUUGGAUUUGGAGUGCAGAACAACUCGAAGCCAAAAGAAGCCUCUGAUUUUGGUUCAAAAUAUCAGAAUCAAUUCAAGGAUCAGCCAUUUGAAAACAAGUGGACUCGUUCAUCAAGUGUACCUGCUGCAAACUCUACUUCUCGACAAGCUGACAACCAGUCCCAGGCUUCUCAUAAGUGUACGGAAUCCGAGUUAUGCAAACGUCAAAUUGUCGAAGAUUUUCAAAAUGAGAGACCACUUUGGAAGCUUACCUGCUAUGGCCAUUCUAAAUAUGGCCCAUGUGACAUUGUUGGUGACAUUAGCUAUGAAGAAUUGCGAGCAGAAGCAUAUAAGGAUGCCAAGCAGGGGUUAAGCUUGCAAUCAAUUGUUGAGAGAGAAAGGAAUUUACUGAAUUCAAAAUUAAUUGAAUUUGAUAACUUACUUCGUAAUCCCUAUGUGAUAUCUUCGAAUUCUACUGCCACUGGGGCAAGCUCAUUUUCUGGAAUCAAUUCAAAUGCAUCUGUCUUGUCCGUUCCAAAUAGUGGUCCUCCUUCACUCUCAAGUUUUAGUCAACUGGGCUCAUCACUUAAGCUGGGAGGUAGCACCUGGUUUCCUGUGUCAUCAACCAAUGCUUUUGGGCAAUCGAUUUCUUCCCAUACUCCAGGAGGACUUGGGAUGGACAACUUGACCUUUGGUAGCAAAGCAUCUUUUGGGAGUCAACAGCCUAUGCAGGCAUUUUCAAGUGCCGUGACCUUCAAUAUUCCAAACAUCAGCAGUAGUAACUUUGGUGCUGGAAGCGGCCCAUUUCAUGUUUCUUCACCAAUGCCAACUCAGUUUCCCAAUCAUACAACUAACGAUUCAUACAAACUUCCAAAUGUGGUUGGACAAGCAUCCAUGGAUACUCAUUCUGUGGAUAGCAAGAAAAUAGAGGCCAUUGCUGGGGAUGGAAGUAUUUGGCUAAAAGACUGGAAGCCUGGGGAGAUUCCAGAAGAAGAACCUCCACAACAGUUCAUAUAUCCAGAUUCUGGUGAUGGAUCCAAUCAGAAAGGAAGAUGAAAGUGAUAUUGACAACUGGAUUAAGGCAGUAACUGCCGGCAGAGGGGCUCAAAU